UAUAUAUGGCUCCUUGCAAGUUGUAAGUGCUAAAAACAAUUUAAUUGAAGUUUGACAAAGAACGAAAUUUUACUAUAAAACACGUUAAAUAAUUAUAUUUGUUUCAUGUUAAGAGGAUAAAUAUGGCUCAAUUUGUCAUGUGUGUUUAUGCACUUGUCAUAUUUCUUUCUUUAUUUCUUGUUGUAAGUUGUAACCGAUGGUGCUGGCCGUCGCCGCGGUCCCACUCGCAUUCCUUGCGUUGAACAUUCUGAUUGUCCAGAGAAGACUUUACCUCUAGUUAUGAGGUGUAUUGAGGAGUAUUGUCAAUAUAGAUUGAUAGAAAACAAUUAGGUCUACAUAUAAUUAUAUCACCUCUAAGCAUAUAAUUUUAUUUGUUCGUCAUGAAGUAAAGUUUCUACUUUAGAAUUUACUUUUAAAUUAUUAUUUAUAUUUCUCUUGCCUUCCAAAUUUUAUGAUAAAUAAAACGAAUAUUUGUAUACUAUAAUUCAACUAUUCUCAUUUUCGUUUGCUUUUUUUAUUUAAUAGGCAAUUGAUAUAAGAAAUCGCACUAGGGGUGCAACCCUUACAACUAAAAAACUCUAGUAAGAGUUGUAACUAUUAAGUGGUAGCUUGUACCAAUCAUAGAAAGUUAACCUAGACUUAGAGUCACUAUUACAAAACCAUCUCAAAGAGUAGAGCAUAAUGUUAUAAAUAAUCACAUCAUAGCUAAAGGAAGCGUUUUCAAAAAUAAUGUUGUUUCUAGUCCAUUUGCGAGAAACUUAACAUGGGAGUCCUAGACCAACCAAGAUGUCAGUACAACUUGCAGACCGUUCUGUUAAGUAUCCUGCAGGUGUUCUUGAAAACGUACCCGUCCGCAUCGGACAAUUUUACAUCCCUACGGAUUUCAUAAUUAUAUACUUAAAGGAAGACGUCAAUACCCCUAUAAUCUUAGGAAGACCGUUUCUAGCCACCGCUGGAGCUAUUAUAGACGUAAAGAAAGGCAAGUUGACAUUCGAAGUAGGUGAGGAAAAGGUCGAAUUUAUUCUAACACAAUUCCUUCAAGCCCCAGCUAUAGAAGAUACAUGCUAUCUGGUGGACGUUAUUGAUGGAUGUGUAAGAGAGAUAGGAUUAUCAGAAGAAUCUUACUCUGAAGUUAUAAAGAUUUCAAUGCCCCUGAUUCUCGAAGAUGACAAUUGGCGUCCAGAAUAUCAAGACGAUAGCUUAAGCGAAUGCUUAGCUUUAACACCCAACCGUAUGCCUUGCCCUAAGAAACCAACCUUGGACCUUAAACCAUUACCCAAGACUCUUAAAUAUGAAUUCCUAGACAAUGAGCUCAAAAGACCAGUAAUAGUCAAUGCAGAGUUAGGAGGAACAGAGACUGAAAAACUGUUACAAGUGUUAAGAAAAUACCCAUCUGCGUUAGGAUAUAACAUUGUUGAUCUGAAAGGAAUAAGUCCUUCCAUAUGUAUGCAUCGCAUCAUGUUGGAAGACGAUUGCAAGACCUCUAGGGAACAUCAAAGGAGGAUUAACCCUAUCCUGAGCACAGUAGUUAAAGAUGAAGUUACCAAACUUCUAAAGGCAGUAAUUAUAUAUCCAAUCUCUGAUAGUCAGUGGGUAAGUUUGGUCCAUUGUGUACCAAAGAAAGGAGGCAUAACAGUUACCAUAAACAAGUCAGGCAAAGACAACCUUCAUUAAACGAAUGCCUAAUGACCAAGAGAAAACAACCUUCACGUGCCCUUAUGGAACAUUCGCCUAUAGACGAAUGUCGUUCGGAUUAUGUAACGCCCCUGCAACAUUUCAGAGAUGCAUGAUGUAAAUUUUCGCUGAUUACAUAGACAGCAUCAUGGAAGUCUUUAUGGAUGACUUCUCUGUAUGUGGGGAGGAUUUCGAAGGAUGUCUUUCAAAUCUAGAAAAUGUAUUGGACAGAUGUGUACAAGUUAACCUCGUCCUAAAUUGGGAAAAGUGUCACUUUAUGGUUAAACAAGGGAUUGUACUCGGACAUGUCGUCUCCGAAAGAGGGAAUGAAGUCGAUAAAGCAAAGAUCGAAGUAAUAGAGAACCUCCAACCCCCAAAAACAGUAAGAGAAAUAUGGAGUUUCUUAGGACACGCAGGUUUCUACAGAAGAUUUAUAAAGGACUUUUCUAAGAUCUCUAAACCUCUGACCAACCUCUUAAUGAAAGACGUCGAGUUUAAUUUCAACGAUGAAUGUUUAGAAGCCUUUGAAGUACUUAAGACAGCCCUUAUAUCUGCACCCAUAAUGCACCCAUCCGAUUGGAGGUUACCAUUUGAAAUUAUGUGCGAUGCAAGUGACUAUGCCAUAGGAACAGUCUUAGGCCAAAGGAAAGAUAAGAAACUACACGCAAUAUACUACG